AUGAACAUGUCAUAUUUUAACGCUAUCCAGACAAACGGCAUCGUCAACGGCACCGCCGCCGCAGCUCCGGAAAGCCCGAAAACGCACAGAAAAGCCCCGUCCGCCUCAUCUAUCGGCACACCGCAAGACGCAACUGGGAAUACGGUAUCCCCCGAAUUCCUGGAGCGCUUCCGCGCCGACCUGAUGGCCGAGGUGAAGGAGGAGAUUGCGCGCGCCAAGCAGGACAUCAUCGACGUCAUCCGCCAGGAGUUGCAGCGCAGA